AUGUUUACUAGUGCUUUAAGUUAAAUGCUAGAGAUGAAGAAUAAGGAUUAUGAUGCCAAAUUAAUAAAAUAAAAUAUAAUGAGCAUGAAUAAAUUGAAUUAAAUAGAAAUUAUGGCUUUAAUGGAGAUCGUUUAUUAAUUAAGACUAUGUUCACAAAAAGAUUAAAACAAAGAAGAGUUAUUGAAUGAAUUACAGUAUUUUCUUUAAGGUUAAUUAUCAACUGAUCGUACAGCUAUUGCUAAUACAAAUAAUUUUUUAGAAUACAAAACUAAAUGUAAUGCCACAAAUGUUGGUAUUAUGAUACUUAAUCAUCAAGGAUAAUUUAGUAUAUAUAUUUAUUUAUGUUAGUUCUAUCUGAUUAAAUAUCCAGAAACAUUUUAGAAUUAAAUUCAAAAGAAGAACUUGAAUAAAAGAACUUUUUCUCACUUAUAAGUAAAGUUUCAGAAGUCAAACUAAGAUAAAUUCUCAAAAAUAAUUGUUUAUUGUAAAAUGGAUAAGUAAAGGAAUGUUUUAAUAUAUCAAUAUAUUCUGAUAGAAACAGAAAAAAAAGUCUAAAGUAUUUAAAUUAAAUGGCAUAAGUACCUUUGAAAAAGAAAAUUAAAAAAAAUAUGACUGAAAGUAAUAUUUAAAUUUAUUAUUUCUCUAGAUGUUAAAAUACUAUAAAAAGAAUAAAUUUUAAUGGCCAAGUAUUUAAAAUCAAUAUAAGUAACUAUUUUGAAAGUUACAGUUCAAAUCCAUAGAGAUUUUAUUGAUUCUUUUUUAGAUUCAGAUGAUAUCAUUUUAAGUAAUUUAGAUACUUUGGCAUAAACAACUGUUAAUUAAUUAGCAAUAUGUGAAGUUAAAGAAUUAGAUGAACCUAUCAGAUUAACAGUUUAAGAAUUGUUGUAAGAUCCUUACAUAUCUAAACAUGAAAGUAUUCAAAUAAAAUUAAACUUAGUUAAAUGGAACAAAAGAGUAAGAAAGUUUAAGGGAUAGAUCUCUGAUGAUGAAUAUGAACUUUGA